GCUCAGCAGAGGCUGCACCGGGUCAUGUUGUCCGCGCAGCGAGAGACCUGCCCGGGUGUCACCUCCAGCGGAGCACCGAGUCCAGCUCAAGGUCCUGAAACAGGGAUGACUGGGGAAGCGUGUCCUCACAAGCUUGGAUCCAACAAUCACCUGCGCCUCGUCCUCUACAUCCUGGUGCCCAGCGUCAGUCUGCUGGCUGGCCUGCUGCUGCUCGUCCUCGCCAUCACCGGAAAUUUUGUUGGAGAUUCAGCGCCCCUCCCCUCACCUGAGCCCAUCGCGGACAACCAACUUAGCUACCACAGCAACAGCACAAGUCCCUUGCCUUCAGAGAGCGGAAACACCACUGCCAUCACUCCGACUGACAUCAGCACUCCUGCUGUGAAGUCUGCCACAACCCCACCAGCUCCCUCUUCUCAGGACACACCCACCUGGUCCGUCACAACCCCGUCGGAUUGGCUGGCCUCUUUGACUUCACUGAGCACCACCUGGCCGGUCAGCACAACCUCAGGUCCUGACACAGGUCGCUGCCAGCUUAUCGUUGAGCCCCAAUGUCACAUGCUACCCUACAACCAAACAUGGCUGUCCUCCUCCGCUGCAGUUGUGAAAAGCUCAGAAGUGGACAUGCUGCUGAGGUUUUUCAGUUAUCUCAAUCGCUUGUCCUGCUACAGACACAUCAUGCUGUUUGGCUGCUCGCUGGCUUUGCCAGAGUGUUUCCACAGCGACAGCACACACAGCAGCAGGCAGGUGGUGCUGCCUUGCGCUUCAUUCUGUGAGGCUGCAAAGGAUGGUUGUGAGCCGGUCCUCCAGAUGUUUAAUGCCUCUUGGCCAGACUUCCUACGCUGCUCCCAGUUCCCUAACAUCACGUCUGGGACAUCACCAACCGCAGGCUCGGACUCCGCCUUCCCUGCGUGUUAUGCACCGCGUCAAACUAAAGGGAGAUUUUCUGUUUGCGGCGGCAAGGAUCACUUUCUGUGCGCAACAGGGAUCUGUGUGCCGCAGAAGCUAGUCUGUAACGGCUACAACGACUGCGACGAUUGGAGUGACGAGACUCACUGUGUCUGUUCUGACGAAGAGUUCCGCUGCAGUACGGGGCGCUGCCUACCUCCUGCACUGGUGUGUGACGGUUACGAUGACUGUGGAGACCUCAGCGACGAAAUGAGCUGUGUGUGUGACCUGUCUCGUGAACACCGCUGUGGGGACGGUCGCUGUGUGUCCAAGGACUGGAUCUGUGAUGGAGACCACGACUGUCUGGAUAAGAGUGAUGAGCUCAAUUGCUCUUGUAAGAGUCAGGGGCUGCUGGAGUGCAGAAACGGUCAGUGCAUCCCAUCUGCGUUUCGCUGCGAUGGUGAGGAUGACUGCAAGGACGGCAGUGAUGAAGAGCACUGCAGCCGAGAGCAAUCUCAGGGUGGGUGUUUGCCUGGACAACCGAGCUGUAUCUCUAAUACAUGCACGUCUGCGUGCGGUGGCACCAACACACCCUGUGACCCACGAAAUGGCAACAACUGCACGCCGUGUGAACCGAUCAGCCUGGAGCUAUGCAUGAAUCUGCCCUACAACUUGACCAGCUACCCCAACUACCUUGGCCACCUGUCCCAGAGGGAGAGCUCCGUGUCCUGGGAGUCCUCGCUGUUUCCAGCUCUGGUCCAGACGGGCUGCUAUCAGUACCUCAUGUUCUACGCCUGCACGCUGCUGGUUCCCAAGUGUGACCCCGUCACUUUUCAGAGGGUCCCACCCUGCAGAUCGAUGUGUCGUAAUGCCAAGGAGAAGUGUGAGUCGGUGCUCGGCAUUGUGGGGUUACAGUGGCCCGACGACUCCGAUUGUAACCAGUUUCCUGAAGAGGGCGCUAAUGUGACAUGUCUGUUGCCAGUGGCGGGGGUCGAUGAGUGCUCACCGAGCCACUUCAAGUGCCGCUCUGGCCGCUGCGUCCUGGCAAACAAACGCUGCGAUGGACACCUGGACUGUGACGACCACAGCGAUGAGGACAACUGUGGCUGUGUGGAGCGUGCUCUGUGGGAGUGCCCCGGCAGCAAAGUGUGUAUAAAACCCACGAUGAUCUGCGAUGGAUUUCCAGACUGCCCCCAACUGGUGGACGAGGCAAACUGCUCUGUCUGCAGGGACAAUGAGCUUCCCUGUAACAACCACCAGUGUGUCCACCGCACACUUUGGUGUGACGGGACCAAACACUGUUCUGACAGUUCGGAUGAGUGGGAUUGUGUGUCCCUGGAAGAUCAGUCUGGUUCCAUCCUGACGGUGUUCAAGACGGCUGCGGAGUAUCAGGUGUGCGCCGACGAGUGGAAUCACCAGCUCAGUCAGUUGACCUGCAACCAGCUGGGACUAGGGGUUCCUACAUCUAUUUCAAUGGUUCCCGACCAGCCUGACACUCCGGGGCGUCGCCGCUGGCUUCAUGUCCAUCCAGAGUGGCAUAUGAGGAACGGAUCUGCCCUACAGGCUCGUCUGGAGAAGAGAAGCCAUGCGUGUCACUCCAGGAGGAGAGUUUCACUGCUCUGCACCAGAGAGGAUUGUGGCAGACGUCCUGCCCUGACUCUCCAUCCGCACAGAAAGAAGAGGAUUCUGGGAGGUCGGGUUUCAAGACAUGGAGCGUGGCCCUGGCAGUGCUCCCUGCAGAGCGGUCAGAGCGGACACGUGUGUGGCUGCGUCCUCAUCGCGCACAAGUGGGCUCUGACUGUGGCACACUGCUUUGAGGGGAGGGAGAGUGCUGACUUGUGGAAGGUGGUGUUGGGCAUCAACAACUUGGACCACCCGGGACCCCACAGCCAAACCCGUGGGGUGCGCUCUAUCAUUGUACAUCCACGAUAUAACCGGGCGGUGGUGGAUUAUGACAUCAGUGUGGUGCAGUUGGACUCGGAGGUGGAGGAAAGCGACUUUGUCAGACCAGUGUGCCUGCCCAGACCUCACCAGCUGCCCUUGCCCGACUCCUACUGCUACAUCACUGGCUGGGGUCACAUGGGAAACAAGAUGCCCUUUAAACUGCAGGAAGGUGAAGUUCGGAUCAUCUCCUUCUCUCAGUGUCAGUCCUACUUUGACAUGAAGACCAUCACUCCCAGAAUGCUUUGCGCUGGUUACGAUGCAGGCACCGUCGACUCUUGCAUGGGCGACAGCGGCGGCCCACUGGUGUGUCAGGAGCCCAACAGUCAUUGGACCUUGUUCGGGCUGACGUCAUGGGGAAGUGUGUGUUUCAGUAAGGUACUGGGCCCCGGAGUGUACAGCAAUGUCACGCACUUCACUCCCUGGAUCCAGCAGCAGAUAUACAUCCACACGUACCUGACCGACUGACGCCCGCGUGCCACUUCCUGCUUCCCUGUAGCAAGCAUUCCAGGUGGAAGUGAUGUCAUCGCCACUCACUGCCCACCUCCAGUGUCUCAAACUGUGCCUCUGCCUUCACUGACAGCCCUCAGAUGCUAGCUGCCGUGUGUAUAGUUAGCUUGUAAAUGAUGACAAACACACUACUGUUACGAUGAUGUUGCAUUUAUUCAAGUCAUAUUUUGUGUGUUGCUACGAGGCGGUGGUUUCUCAGCGAUUUUGAAUAACCUGCGUGAGCUCACCAACAUCCAUCUUGAUGCUGCUAGCUCAGACUCCCUUGAGCACUCCACUUCCCACAAUGCUUCACUCCAAGGUGCCUGUACUUAACAGAAGAGCAGAACAGUAAACGUUGUAAUGUAAUGUAACUUCUGUUCCCAUGUUCAACACACUGGCAGUAACAAGUCAGCCCAGCUGAGCAACAGUUGCCUCUCACUCGGUUUCAACUCCAAGCAUUUGUUUUGUUGAACAGGUCCAGCAGGGAUCGGUGCGAAAUGUUGAUUUGAACAUCAUCUGUGUUAAUCCCUCUGUUGACCUUUGAGUUUUCUCUGGAGAUCUCGUACUGUCUGUCAGAGUCGAGACUUCCAGAACAUUCCAAGUGACUCUUUUGUUUUUUUUUUGUUUUUUUUUAAGAGUAUUUUUCUACUGCUUUUUCUAUGUUAGGCUUGUUGCCAUGAGCUGUGUGUAGUUGUGUGUCCGUGCGUGGUGAGGACCUUCGACAGGUGUGGUGUCACUUCUUAUU